CAGAAUGAUCAUGAGUCUGAGAAAAAAAGCUGUGUCUCUGGUUACACCUGCUUAUAUCAUACAACCGUGAGCCUGCCUGCCUAAUGCUGCAUUUAAUCUUUAAUGACUUGUGGCUGACUGUCUUACUGACCUGCUCUAAAUGAGACAAGCAUUGAGGUGAGGAUUGGAGGGGAUGCAGGUAGGUAUCCUCUGCAUUUUUUGGUGCUGUGAAAAGUAAAAGCUUCUCUGGGAUCUUUAGUUUCUCAAUAUAUUCUUCACAAUGAUAUAGUCACUUAGGGCAAAUCACUUCCUCAGCCCUUUCUUAUUCUGCCAAACGAGCUUUUCAAGGUGCUUCUUUAUACUCAUGCCAAGUGAACAAGUUCACAGAGAUCCUUGGACUGCUGAGGACAUCUGAAUUACGUGUUCAGUUCCUGCACUUCCAGUUGGUGCCACCAAUCUAGAGCUGCUAGAGCAUCAAGGCGCAGCAUCCCACCUCCCCUCUACUGUACUUCAGUCACACAAGCCCAACCAGAAGAGGAUGAGCAUUAACGCCUAGUGGACCUGUUGCCUAUUUGGCAAAAGCAGAGCAAUUCAGGGACGCAAUUCACGGACGGUCUGUAGAAGAGCAGUGAAAGGGAAGGAGAGAUGCCGUUUGGAGGACUUGCAGGACUGAAGGAGAAGGUGUUGAAGCCAGGGAAGGAGGAGAUGAAGUAUGCUGUGGGCGACUCUAUGGGGAACUUGCAGAGGAAGAUUGAUGGCACCAAUGUAGAUGAUGAGGCGCCAAUAGAGCUAACGGAAGAUGGCAGGCCAGUGUCAGCUUCUCACCGCAGCCCACCAAUGCUCGAUUGUGGCUGCUUCGGCCUGCCCAAGCGCUACAUAAUUGCUAUUCUCAGUGGACUGGGUUUCUGUAUCUCAUUUGGUAUCCGCUGCAAUCUAGGUGUUGCCAUUGUGGAAAUGGUCAACAACAACACGGUGUACAUCAAUGGGACUGCUGUGAUGCAGCCUGCCCAGUUUAACUGGGACCCUGAGACAGUAGGGUUGAUACAUGGCUCAUUUUUCUGGGGUUACAUUGUUACUCAAAUCCCUGGAGGCUUUAUUUCCAACAAGCUAGCAGCAAACAGGGUGUUUGGAGCUGCUAUUUUCCUGACGUCAAUUCUAAAUAUGUUUAUCCCAUCAGCAGCGAGAGUCCACUAUGGCUGUGUUUUGUUUGUGCGAAUCUUGCAGGGGCUGGUGGAGGGAGUCACCUAUCCAGCUUGCCAUGGAAUGUGGAGCAAAUGGGCUCCACCGCUAGAAAGAAGCCGCUUGGCGACUACAUCUUUUUGUGGCUCAUAUGCAGGGGCUGUGAUUGCCAUGCCUCUGGCAGGAGUGUUAGUGCAGUAUGUAGGCUGGCCCUCCGUUUUCUACAUCUAUGGAGUUUUUGGAAUCAUAUGGUAUACUUUCUGGCUACUGCUUGCCUAUGAAAGCCCAGCUGUACACCCUACUAUUAGUGAAGAAGAGAAAACAUACAUUGAGACCUCAAUAGGUGAAGGUGUCAACUUAAUGAGUGCUACUGAGAAAUUCAAGACUCCAUGGCGACAGUUCUUCACUUCUAUGCCAGUCUACGCCAUUAUAGUGGCCAACUUUUGCCGUAGUUGGACCUUCUAUCUCCUGCUUAUUAGCCAACCAGCUUACUUUGAGGAGGUUUUUGGUUUUCCUAUAAGCAAGGUGGGCAUUUUGUCAGCUGUGCCCCACAUGGUCAUGACCAUCAUCGUGCCGAUCGGAGGGCAGCUUGCAGACUUCUUGAGGAGCAAUAAAAUUCUGUCCACCACAACCGUGCGCAAAAUCAUGAACUGUGGAGGUUUUGGGAUGGAAGCCACAUUACUGCUAGUGGUGGGAUUCUCACAUACACGUGGUGUAGCCAUUUCAUUUCUUGUCCUGGCAGUGGGCUUCAGUGGCUUUGCCAUAUCAGGCUUCAACGUGAAUCACCUUGAUAUUGCUCCCCGUUAUGCAAGUAUUCUGAUGGGAAUCUCCAACGGCGUAGGCACACUGUCUGGUAUGGUGUGUCCUCUCAUCGUUGGAGCACUGACCAAACACAAAACUCGUCGGGAAUGGCAGAAUGUCUUUGUGAUUGCCGCCAUGGUCCAUUAUUGUGGUGUGAUCUUUUACGGCAUCUUUGCUUCGGGUGAAAAACAAGACUGGGCUGACCCUGAGAGCACUAGUGAGGAGAAGUGUGGCAUCAUCGGAGAAGACGAACUUGCUCAGGAGACUGAGGCCAGCUGUGAAAGCUCCCUCAACACCAAGAUGAGGUCUUACGGAACCACUGCAGAGAACUCAGAUGGCCGCAAACAGGGCUGGAAAAAGAAAAGAGGUGUGACCACACAGGAGGAAGAUGAAAGAGGACCAUCACGGUACGAGAAUGGGGACUAUUAGGAGAAUUAUUGGUGACGUUUGGGAUUUAGGGUUCAUCAAGAGCCUUGGACUCCUCUCACCUCAUUGGUGUGCUGUUAAGGUGAUGAAAUCAAAAUGAGCAACUCCACUGGAUCCAUGCAACCUUACCCAUGUGGUUGUGCAAUAUAAUAAAAGCUUUAUUUUGCAAUUAAUUUUAUUUUGGGUCCUUUUUGACUUUUUCGUCUAUCCUCUCAUGCAUAAACCCAUUGUUGAGGUCCGAGUUGUUUGCUAGACAUCAGUCUCUGUGGUUAUGUGAUGGGCUAUGCUAAGAUUUUUAUCUAAAAUAUUUUGUCUCUUUCUUCAUAUUUCAUUUUGAGAAUCCUGCGGAUCCAGAAAAUCCAAAAAUAAAGAUUCAAGUAUUUCAUUAAGUAUUAAGAUUUAUAUAAAUAAUCCAACUCUCUUAUUGGUGUUGUAAAACAACAUGAAAUGAUCUUGGGGAAAGAUGGUUUAGUGUUUUAGCAUGUUUGCCUCACACUUCUGGGGAUGGGUAUUUGAUUCCUUCCUCUGGCCGGUAGGUGUGAAGUUUUUCUAUACUGUACUUCCUGUGCUUCUGGGAUAUUUUCAGUUAGUUCUGGUUUCCUCUCCCACUUCAAAGACGCCUUGUAGGCUGAUUGGCAUCUCUAAAUUGUCCAUAGUCUGGUCCAUAGGCUGUCCCCUACCUUGUGCCCUGGGACAGAUUCCAGGUUUGGGUGACCCUGUGUAGGAUAAGUGAUACACAUAAUGGAUGGAAGAAAUGAUCAUGCAAAUCAAAUUAUUAAUUUGAGAUUUAUCCUCAAUCUUUAUCAAUAAGCAAAAAUUAUGCAUUUACAUUUUUAUUUACUUUGAUUUAUUAAGGCCCGUUGUUGUAACCUAUGCAAUAAAAGGUAAAUAUACAAUUUGUGUGAAUAUUUAUACUGGAUCAUUGAGAACACUCUGAGCUAUACUUCUUCAUGUUGCUUAUUCACAUUGCUAUUUUAGGGUUCAGCCUGCAGGUUUCUUUCUAAACCUGGCAAAUUAACCAAAACACCUUCUUUAUUUUAAAAUGGUAAGGAUCUUGUUUAUCUCUAGAAUUAAUGACCUUUCACAAGGAACCCCUAAAUCAUAUAAAUAUAGUAUUUAUGUUAUGUCUUUUGAUUACAGAAUUGUACCAGUUCAGCACCAACGCAAGAUGAAAAUGUAAUAAUUCAUGUUCAAAACCAGCAAUGUGCCUCUUUUAUAAGUACAGCGUAACUCUAUUGUCAAUGUAAAUGUAUUGAAAAAAUAGAUGUUUAAAUGUAAAGUUAUUGCAUCUAGUACUAUCUGUAACAGUUCAA